GAUGGAGGGACGGAGGCGCAGUGCGCGGGGAGGCGGCGGCGUUCCCGGGAAUCCGCUCCCGCCCCGGCUGGCGCGGCCCGCGGCCCCGCGCCCGGACCUGCUGGCCAAGGAGGAGGAGUAUAAGCGUCUGAAUGCAGAAUUGGAGGCUAAAACAGCUCGCGUGGUUCAGCAAGCUGAGGAAGUAAUCAGAGGCCAACAGGAGGUACAAUCCCAGCCUUUAUCAACACACAUCAAAUCUUGUGAAAAAGGAAAUGCCAGUUCAAGAGGCCUGUUGACAUCUGAAAGGCUAGCUCAUCUACAUUCAGAAACCAAGCCAAAGGCCAAAAACAUUGUUCCUCUAAAAUUGGUUCAAAACAAACCACAUUCUGGAGAUAAAGGAAGGAAAACAAACUCAAGCAUUAAAUGGAGGUCCUCCAGCGUGCAGACAGCCAGCGACGUGGCCCUGCCCGAGGACUGCUCGGACUUUUCCCUUGCAAAGACCAUUAGCAGAAUUGAAGGGCAGCUGGAGGAGGAAGGCUUUCCUGAGCACGCAGACGACGACGUUUUCUCCAGCCUGAGUACAGGGAUUGGGACAGAGGCACAGAUCAGAUUUCUAAAGGCCAAACUCAAUGUUAUGCAGGAGGAAUUGGAUAAAGUUGUAUGCGAAUGCAAUAAAAAGGAGGAUGAAAUUCAGGAUUUAAAGUCACAAGUGAAAAGUUUUGAAGAGGAUUGUUCGAGACAGCAGAAAACAAUCACUACACAAGCGUCCCAACUAGAAAAAUACAAAAAUCUUUUUGAAGAAGCGAACACAAGAUGUGAUGGGCUGCAACAGCAGCUGUUGGCAGUAGAAAAGGAUUUAGAAAAUAAAAGGCGACUACAAAAACAGGCUGCUACUAGUCAAAGCGCCACGGAGGUUCGCUUGAACCGAGCCCUGGAGGACGUGGAGAAGUACAAACUGGAGCUGAGUAAAUUAAGGCAAAGCCAGAAGGAUGUGUCAAAUGAAGAACUCAAAAAAAUUGAAGUGUUAAAAUCAGAAAACAAAAAGCUAGAAAAACAAAAAGGAGAAUUAAUGAUAGCAUUUAAGAAACAAUUAAAAUUAAUUGAUGUUUUAAAAAGGCAGAAGAUGCAUAUUGAAGCUGCCAAGAUGUUAUCUUUCACUGAAGAGGAAUUUAUGAAGGCACUUGAAUGGGGAAAUUCCUAGGUGAUCUCCUUCAAUUAUGUGAGGUUUUUAAUUAAGCUGUAAUUGGGUUUGAAUCGUCUUUGCUCUUCCAAUGCAAUGCAAAUAUUUGUGGAAAAUAUUUAGUUGUGGAAAGUAUUUGAUUA